GAAAAUGAACAAGGGCCCGAGUACGGAGACGAAUGGAUAUAUUUUUACGACGAUGAAGGCAACACUCAUACAAUGAACUUCUCUACUCUACCCCAGGAGACACGCGGGAUGCUUUUUGGAGAAGCUUACUUUUAUCUGUACACCAGACGUAACACUGAUCCAGAACAAUUAUUUAUGCCUGAAGAAAAUCAACCAUUUUCAAGCCAAUACUUUAAUUCAUCCAAUGAGAUCAAGGUAGUGACACAUGGGUGGUUCUCGAACGAGAAGACGGAGUGGCUCCAGGAAAUUAAGGACGCUUUCUUAAGAAAAUCAGAUUUUAACGUGAUCACCAUAGACUGGAGCGAACUAGCGAAGAACCCAGCCUAUCCAUGGUCAGCUUUUAGCACGAGAUACGUAGGGAAAAGAACAGCAAAAAUGUUAGACACCAUUUCAAAAACUUAUGGACUGAAUGGCAGGGUUAUACAUUUAGUGGGACACAGUUUAGGUUCCCAUGUAAUGGGAUAUACAGGUUUAUUCUCAACGCAAAGAAUAAACAGAAUCACGGGGUUAGAUCCCGCCCGACCUCUCUUUGAGCUUCCGUUAAUGCCUCAAGAUUAUCGGUUGGAAAAAAGCGAUGCCGAAUUCGUAGACAUCAUUCAUUCAUGUGGUGGAGUGUAUGGGUACCGGAAAAGUCACGGUCAUGCUGAUUUCUAUCCAAAUAACGGGCAGGCUAAACAACCGGGCUGCGAUGGAGCGCAACAAGUCAUAGAGGGCUGCAGUCACGGACGCUCAACGUUAUUUUUUGCCGAAUCUAUCGACUCAAAGAUCCCUUUUGUAUCAUAUCCUUGCGAAAAUUGGAAGAAAUUUGAAAACGGCGAAUGUACAGAAAACUCUACUCUAAUGGGUUACCCGGUUUCAACAAAUAUUAGAGGCGAUUACUAUCUUCAUACGAAUAGCGAACCUGAGUUCGCCAGAGGUGAUAAUUAGAAUCUGUUCAAAGCGGAGAUGUUUAGAUACUAAGUAGUAGCAUAGUUGAUGUUUUACUAGGAAUUCUGUGACUACAAAUUAAUGAUCGUAUCGUAGAAAUCACUAACGGGUUCGGCUACCAAUAUAGUAUAUACCAAUAUAGCUAUAGUCCAUUUGAAACGAGCUCAAUUUGCUAUUAGUUCUUUCUUUAUUUUUGUCAUUUUUUAUUUCACCUUAGUGUUAUUAGAUAUUAGUUAUAAAUUUUGUUUCUGAACUUCGUUUCUGAUUUUCAUAUUUUAUCCCUAUU